GAGUGGCGUGCACUGGAUGGCGUCCCUUGACAUGCACUGUGCCUUGUAUCUUCUCUCCGAGCGCGUGGCGAAAACGACGACGUGGGCCCGACUCGUGGACACGGUCAAGUUGCACCAGCAGCUCGUGGUUGGCAUCAAUCAUGUGCAGGAUUUUUUCGUGAAUGACUUGUCCGUCGUCGUGCGAUUGAUGCUCCUUCUUGGGGUCAUCGGCGCCUUUCGCAUCUCCAUGGGCGUCCAGGACGUCAACAACGUGGUCAUUCUCGUCACCGUCUUUUCGUACAUCGGCAUGGUCUGUCUGGCUGCCGAAAUGCAAGAGGAGGCAGGGGAGGCCUUCAGCACCGGCCUGACUUAUUCGUGUCCUUGGGAGGCGUGGCAGCCCGCUGAGCGACGUCAUUUCAACCUACUACUGGCUUUGACGCAAAAGCCAAGUCAGGUGCGGUUCCAGUACUUCGGGGCUAUGCGGCUCGACACCUUGUCGAAAAUUGCAAACGCCGUGUUCAAGUAUGCUCAGGUUUUACGAGCGAGCCUUGGAGACCAAGCAGUGGAGGCGCAGACCCUUAUGUAGCGAGUCAAUGAUUACGUCUAAGGGUCCUGUGACUCAACGACAGAGAAGAUGUUUAGU